CGAGCAUAUCUCCGUAUCUGGAACCUUCAACUCAGCUUACGGUCACCGUCAACGCCAUUCUCAAGAUGGCAGCAUCUGACGGUAGGCGUUCGCCUCAUCAACAGACUUUAUUCCAUCUAAUACCUCGAAAUCAGAAAGCGGCAGCCGCACUAUACCAUCCCGAUAACUCUCCAUUCGUAUCGACAACAUCCGAUGGUACUGGAUUAGAGGUAGGACACCACGUUCACUCAACUCCGAGGGGAGACGUGAUCACGAGUCUCGGAAGAGACGCGGAUCUGAUCCUUAGUCAAAGCCAAUUCCAACACAAAAGACCCCCGUUCGUCUCUUCGAGACACGUGGACUUCCAACUAAGCAAGUUGUCUCAAAAGGUGAUGCUCCGCGUGUUAUCCAAAGACAAAUCCUCUGUCUCGGUCAGGCCGCGCGGUUCUAAAGAUGCAGAUGUCAAUGAUUUUGACAUGAGCGGAGUUGAGACUCCGCAGUGCGUCCAUCCCAGGAAAUACUGGGGAGAUAGAUACCAGGAGUAUGGCGAAUCUUGCCGAAUAGACAUUUGCGAUUACAGUUUCAACUUGAUCUGGGUCAAAAAGACCACCGGACAACUGCAGGCUCUUGCGCUUAAACGCCCUGCACCAAAAGAUCCAUUGUAUGACACCCACAGCAAGUCAGCGGAGAGCGUAGAGUGCCAUGUACACGAGAUUUUUGACACUCGGGAGCCGAAGCAUGUGAGCCCCUUUACAACAGUGCACAAGGCCCUGGACAACACAACUGGGAACAAUAUCAUCGUUACGAUGAUUAAGCUCGGCAAUUUUGGGGCGCGGAAAAAUGAGGUUCGAUCAGCCAUUCGUCAAGAAGUUGCGUUCCUCCAAAAACUUAGACACCCCAACAUAAUUCCAUGCUUGGGCUCGAGACACUUCCAGACUGACGUACCUGUCUUCUACACCGACCUGGCGGAAGGGGACAUAUUAUAUCUUUCUAAAACACAGACAAUCCUAUGGCCAAGUGGCCUUGGUCGAAGAAUGAUGCGCCAAAUACUCGACGCGCUGGCAUAUCUUUCUGGGAACAAUAUGAGUCACGGGAGCAUUGAACCAGCAAAGAUCCUAUAUACCUACAGCAGGACGCAGAACAAGGCGGAGAUCGACAACUUGUCGGCCCUAUGCCAGGUGAUGGUGAGGGUCAGAAACCUGUGGCCGCUUUUUAACCCGAUGGCCACUGAAGACCCCAAGCAACGAGCAUCCGCAACUCAGAUGAUUCAUUUUCUCGCCGGUCUUGAAGGCCCAGUUCAACCUCCUGUUGCCCCAGCCCCAGCUCCUCCAUCGCUGGGAGCCGGAGGACCAACUGACGGCCCCGCGGAUCCGGGAGGUCAGAAACUUGAGCAAGCCAUCAUUGGGUACAAUCUGCGCAAUCGCACAGUUACGCAACGUGCGGAGCAGAGAGCUCAUGUCUCAGAAAUACAGCGCCAAGGGGUGACC